AUGCUCCUAGGCAAGAAGAAGGACAAGGACGACGACGCGAUCGCUGGCCUGCCCACAGACGAUGAUCCAGCGUCGCAGGCGUUCCUCGAUGAUACGGGGAAACCGGCAACCCUGCCCGAGAUGGGCAACGGCGGCGAGGAGAGCAAGAUGCGCGUCCUACUGGGUCUGCUUAAAAAACUCGUCGGCGUAAAGGACGUCGCCAACCUGCGCCUCUCCUUGCCCGCUUCACUCCUCGAGCCCAUCCCCAACCUCGAGUACUGGCAGUACGCCGAUCGGGCUGAUGUUUUCGCAGCCAUUGGCGACGCGAGCGACGACUUUGAGCGCAUGCUUGCAGUGCUGCGCUUCGUCUUUUCCAAGGACCUCAAGUUUAUCCGCGCCCGUCUUGGCAAGACGUACAACUCGGCCCUGGGUGAACACUUCCGCUGCGCGUGGAGAGUCCCGUCGCUCGUGCUGGACAAGGACACUGGCGCGCCAAUCGUCCGCACUCACAUCCACGUCCCGCUACCCAACGAGCCCGCGUACGGCGGCGCAGGUGGAUCGGGAUGGACGACGCCCGUUCUGCGCCCACAGGAUGGCGGCAAGGACUCUGAAACCUCGAGCAUUCGCUCGGCAGCGUCGAACAUGAAGAGCCCAGCGUCCAAGCUGAAGCGGAAUGACUCGUACCAGAGCUUCGAUAUGAACUCGAUUCGACAGGUGAUCCCCGGUCCUGGUGAGGAGGUGGUGAGCUUGCGCGACCCCGACGCCGGCGUCCGCGAAGAAGAAAAGGUGACGGUCGUGUUCCUCAGCGAGCAGACGAGCCACCACCCGCCCGUCAGUGCCGCAUACUACUACUGCCCUGAGAAGGGCAUUGAGGCUGUGUGCGUCGACCAGAUCAUCGCCAGGGUGUCAUUCCCAUCGGUGCGCCUCGGCCCCGGGCCGCAGAACAAGGGCCUCUUCGUCCGCAUCUUGCGCGACGGUCCGGGCAAGGGCGAGGAGUACCAGAUCACGCACCCGGAUGCCCAAGUAAACGGUAUUCUCAAGGGGUCGUACUACGGCACCAUGAGCGACGUGAUCUCAGUGACGUGUCGCGGCGGCAGUGCCAAGACGAGAUUGCGAGUCUUGGUAGAAUACAAGGAGGAGUCUUGGAUCGGGAGGCCGCGCUUCGCGCUGGAAGGCGUCAUCUACCGUUACGACGAGGGUGACGUGAACGCCGAGUCGUGGACAAAGGUCAAGCAGGUGCCAAGCGACAAGGUUGUCGGCCACAUCGAGGGCAACUGGAUGAAGACGAUCAAGUACCGGCGCAAGGGGGAGAAGGAAUGGAAGAUCCUGCUCAAUCUCGACGAGUUGGCCCUCAUCCCCAAACUCGUACGCCCGCUUGAGGAGCAGGAGGGCCACGAGUCGCGGCAGCUGUGGGAGCCCGUCACCAGCAACCUGCUUUCCAAGAACUGGGGCGAGGCAACCAAGCAAAAACAGGUCAUUGAGCAGAAGCAGCGCGACAUUGCAGCCCAGCUCAAGGCGGAUGGCAAGGUGCACGAGCCUCGAUUCUUCUCGCGCGACUAUGAGGAUGGGCGGCCUGCACUGACGGAUGCGGGGCAUCAGGUUGUCCGGGACGAGAUUGAGCGUGUUCGGGUGCAUUGA